AUGAAGACUGAUCGGCUGCCAACUAUAGUUUCUGGACUGCUGGCACUGUUGGGGAUCUUCAUCAACGUCGACUCGCUAGACAUACGAUCAUGUAACGCGCCUUUGGGGAUGGAGUCCGGAGACAUCCCCGACUCGGCUAUCAACGCAUCCUCGUCCUACGUAACCAACGUCGGGCCUAGAAGUGGACGCCUUCGCAAGGAGACCGCAGGUGGAGCCUGGUGCCCCAAGAGGCAGAUCGAGAGUGGCAUCAGGGAAUGGCUGCAAGUCGACCUGGGCGGCCCUCGAGUCGUCACGGGAGUCCAAACCCAAGGACGAUACGACCACGGAAGAGGCCAGGAGUACGUCGAGGAGUACACCAUAGAGUACUGGAGACCGAGCUUCGAGGAUUGGCGCCAGUAUCGUCGCUGGGACGGCAAGUCGGUGCUGGUCGGUAACAGCGACACCUUGACUGUGGUGACGCAUCAGCUGAUUCCGCCCAUCUUCGCCAGCCAGAUUCGAGUGUUGCCGCACUCUGUGCACCGGCGCACCGUCUGCCUCAGGAUCGAGCUCAAAGGCUGCCAGGACGAGAGUGGCAUAGCGAGCUACACGAUUCCGGAGUCACCGGUGCCCGAGCUCAGCGACGAUACUUACGACGGCAAACGGCAAUAUGGCGUGCUGACGGAAGGCCUUGGUCGUCUGGUCGAUGGCGAAGUCGGCGCUGACAAUUAUAGGCUCGACGUCGAAUAUGGAAGAGGCUCGUGCUGGGUAGCCUGGAUGCAAGACACCUUCGCCGGGAAUUUCGUCGAGCUCGUUUUCGAGUUCGACGACCUGAGAAUCUUCGACGCCGUGCACAUCUACGCGAACAACUACUUCUCGAGGGACGUCCAGGUGUUCUCGAAGGUAAAGCUCUGGUUCAGCAUGGCGGGGAAAUUCUUCAGCGGAAAACCCGUCAUCUACACCUACAUGCCGGACACGGUUUUGGAAAAUGCUAGGAACGUCAGUGUCGGACUUCACCGCCAGCGAGGGAAAUUCGUUAAAUUGCACCUGCACUUUGCUGCACGGUGGAUCAUGAUCGGCGAAAUUACCUUCGACGUCUCUGAUCCGUAUGAGAACGCCACCGAGGAGAGUGUCUCCCAAAGUAGUAACGGCGACGUCUCGGUCAGCCCUGGAAUGGACCUAAACCUUCAAACCAUUACCGCCCGGGACGAGGGUCAGGAGUACGUGGAGGUCCUCAUCGGGGUCCUCACCGCCAUCACUCUGCUACUUCUUCUGGUGUUCGUCAUCAUUUUACUGCUGAGCAGACGACAGAAACUCCAGAGUUCACCGACGGUCUUGAAGAACCCGUUUGGCUUCGCCAUAAAUAUGAAGGGCCUCCUCCUGAACCUGACCCCAGGAGAGGUGUUAAGAGACAAUCCCCACACGUCACCCGACAUCGUCGAGGACGUGUCCAUCCAUGAGUCCCUAACGAUGGAGCAGUUCGACUCGCCACUGGUCAGCUCUCAGUACAAAUCCAAUUACGCCAGCGUCCUGGACGACGGUGAGUUCCCAGCUCUUCAGCCAUCGAUUCCUGGCAGCAAAGCCUAACGACCGAUCCCUCCCCCAGAAAUCAACGACGCUGAAGAGAACCCUGAAGAGACCACCUCCAACCCCAAGCCGGACUGUCCAGCAGCGCCGCCGAGCUACACUUCUUCCCCAAACAAUUCGCCAGCUCGACAGGCCCAACACUUCAGGACUCUGCAGACCUACGCGAGCUCAACUAGUAGACCCAAUGUAAAUACUGCACCAAACAGCACCAAAGACGUGGAUCAGAUGGUCCCAAAGCGCUGGCACACGGCGCCGAAAGAGAAACACAAGGUACCAGCUCCAGUGGUCAGCUGGAACAUCGCGCCCAGCAUGAACAGGCCGUACAGGUGCAAAGAGAUCGAGCCGACGAACAUCCCUCGUAGCUGUCUGCGAACUGCUGAGAAACUCGGCUCGAGUCACAUCGGGGAGGUGGUGGUCUGCGAAGCUGUGCGCCUGGACGAGGUCGUCACAGGAGCUGGAAGGCUAGUGGUCGCCAGGGUACCAGCCAGCCUUGAAGACCCUGGUCAGGGAAUCAACCUGGCGGAUGCCAUGAGAGAGGUGCGUUUCCUGUCUUGCCUGACGGAUCCAAACCUGGCGAGGAUCCUGGGGGUAUGUUCGGCGGAUUCUGGGUCGCCCUGGACCAUCAUCGAGUACACGGAAUUGGGGGAUCUGGCCCAUUACCUGCAGUAUAGCGUCCCCCUGACGGGCACCUUGAGGCCCAGCUGCAGUCUGAAGGUCCUCAGUCAGAGCUGCCUGCUGUACAUGGGCGCCCAGAUAGCGUCGGGAAUGCGGUUCCUGGAGUCCAAGAACCUGGUGCACAAGGACCUGGCUGCCAGGAACUGCCUGGUGGGUCGGUGUUACAGCAUCAAGAUCACGGAUAUCGCGAUGUGCAGCGAUCUGUACAAGAAGGACUACAGCGACAUCGGCGGAAGACCUCCUGCGCCUAUCAGAUGGCUGCCCUGGGAGAGCAUUCUGAUGAAUAGGUACACCUGCUCCAGCAGCGUUUGGUCCUUCGCCGUCACGUUAUGGGAGGUGACGAACUUCGCCAGGGAAAAACCAUUCCAACACCUCACGAACGAGCAGGUCAUACAGAACGCCGAGCUAAUGUACUACGGCGAAGAGCUGCAAGUAUUUUUGCCAAAGCCGACGAUGUGCCCGGAGGAGGUCUACAGAGUGAUGUGCUCGUGCUGGAGAAGAGACGAGUCCGCUCGGCCGAGUUUUAAGGACAUUUACACGUUCCUGAAGAACGUUGUGGCGGACUACCGACCUGGGGCGUAAUCGUAGCCGACUGUGAUAUGCAGAAUAAUCUUUUAACCGUUAACGCGUAUCUGGGCCGAUUCCUCCGAAUAGGUUGACGAUGAUUUGACUUCCAUUUAUUUCCGCACCCCGAAGAGGACGGCGAAGAAUCGCAUCGCAUCACGUGGCACAAUUGCGCGAGAAAAUCGCACAAUCUUACGACUAAGCUCUCUAACUUUAAUG